AUAAAGCCUAUUGUUUGAACAGGUCACACCAGUUUUUUUGUAAAGAGUUUAGUGGAUUUAACGAUUGCAGAAACCACACCCUCACCUGUUGCGUUCAGGCUGCGGUGCUGCGCGAACAGGAACUGUCUGCGCGCUUUAAUCUCUUUAAUGCAGAAGAGGGGGAAAUGGGAGAAAAAAUGCCGAGCGAACUAGAUCCAACGUCCAAGGACCAGGUAAGAAAGUCAACUAUAACAUGACUGAAUAUGGUGAAGUUUGAGAGAAAAUGAAGGUACAAAGUCAAGAUGUAGCUGUUGAAAGUGGAGACAUGCACCAAGUGAAGUGUCGCUGUUAAAUGAAACCGGAAAACACGAAAGUGUCUGUUUUUGGAAAAAUAAAUGUACCGUAGCGUUACAGAAGUUAUCUCGGUGUAUUUUAGGCUAGAUAGGACAUGUUCAUAGAGUUAUGUAACUUCUUAUAUAACAAUAUAGGACAUGUCUAACAACAGAAUCCGGAAGUUGAUAAAAUUCGUGGGGUUUAAAAAAAAGCAGCUCCGAUUAGCAACGCAAAAAAGAAAAGAAAAAAAAAACCUGUCAAGUAACUAAUGGCUGCAUUCCAUUCCUCUCCACCUGGCACCUAUACCCGUGUGGUCCUCCAUCACUGCAGGUACACGGUUCACUUGUGUCAUAUCAGAAACUUGUUCUGCUGUUACCCAGUUAGUAAGUGGUUUAUAAAAAAUGUAAAGAAUUCAUUCAUUUUCCUGUCUGGGGCUGGGCAGCUUUGUUUUGACUCGUAGGGGUGUAUACUAAGUUGAAACCUGAGCUGGAUCUGCAGAUCCUUGUGAGAAAUGGCAGUCAGGUGUUUGGGUUCAGCAUGACUUGUCAGUUGACAUCAGGUAUUCCUCUGAACCAGAGGCAGCCUCAUUCUCUGUGCAGCGAUUUACACACCCUGCAGCCUCAUGCACAAAAGGAGUUGGAUCCCAAAGGUCUUCAAAAAACGAGUGUGCACCACCUUUGUGGAGGAUUCUUUCAGUAAUGGAGCUCUGUGUCAGUGUGGAAAUGCGAGAGAUGCCCACACGUCUGUGGCUCUCGGGGACUUUUUCAGCACAGCCAUGGUGAACCACUGGGACAGCGCCCAGCAUUCAUCUGAAUACCCGACUGAUGCCUUUGGAGAGGUGCAGUUUGCAGGAGCCAGCAAGAGACACAGCUAUUUCCUGCGUCUGUCAGGGAACACCUCACCGUCUCUGGUCUACACCAUGAUGACGACCCACUGGCAUCUUCCUGCACCCAACCUGGUGGUUUCUGUUGUGGGAGGAGAAAACRGGGCAAAGGUGAAGACCUGGGUKCGGGAGGUUCUCAGGCAGGGACUUGUGAAAGCUUCACAAAGAGCAGGAGCAGCAUGGAUCCUGACUGCAGGACUGCGGGAAGGUGUUGGGAGGUGUGUUGGUGAGGCAGUGAGAGAUCAUGCUGCUGCAGCUUCUUCAGACUCCAAAAACAGAGUGGUGUCACUGGGUGUUGCUUCAUGGGGUCUGGUGCACAACCGACAUCAACUCGUCGACCCUAAGGGCAGUUUUCCUGCUAAAUAUUACGUGCAGAACCCAACUCGGGAUUCUUCCUGCCUGGACAACAACUACCAGGCCUUCCUGCUGGUGGAUGAUGGGAGUGUGGGCCGCCGAGGAGGGGAGACCGCCUUCAGAGCCAAACUGGAGCACUACAUCUCCCAUCAGCGCACAGGAAUAUGGGGCAGUGGCAACAUUGACAUUCCUGUCCUUUGCAUGCUGAUAUCAGGGGAGACGAGCAUGCUGGAGAGAGUGGAUAAUUCUCUGAAAAAGUCCAUGCCCUGGUUGGUGUUGGCUGGCUCAGGAGGCGUCGCUGACUUCCUGAGUGACCUGUUGGAGAAUUUGUCUUCAGCCCCAGUGUUCCAGUCUAGUGAGGGUGAUGGCGAGGCUGGUCCCAGGGUGGAUCUGAAAGAAAAAGUGACAGAACGAGUGAAGAAAUAUUUUUCUGAUGAACCGGUUACAGAUAAACUUGUUGAACAAGCUCUAAGCAUCUACCAAAACAAAGACUUGAUUACAAUCUAUCAUGGAGAGCAGGAGAGCCCAACUGACUUUGAUAUAGUACUGCUCAAAGCAUUGGUAGGAGCAAGUAAGCAUCGUGCCUCAACUGCAGACUGCCCUUACAAUGAAGAGCUCAAGCUAGCUGUUGCUUGGAACAGGGUGGACAUUGCUAAGAGCGAACUCUUCAAUGGAGACAUUCAAUGGACGUAUGAGGACUUGGAAGAAUCCAUGACGGAUGUCCUGAUCAAUGACAAGCCCCAGUUUGUUCGUCUUUUCACUGAGAAUGGCUUGAACAUCCUGGACUACCUGACUUAUGGCAGACUGGAGCAGCUCUAUGGCUCUGUGGCUGAGGGCACACAGUUAUACCAUCUGCUUCAGCGCUGCUUAGUGAUGCGUGUUGGAACUACACCUUUGCUUACAGCACCUCCACCUGAUUAUUUACCAGAAUCACAAUCCAAAUUAUUAACAGAGAACCCUCCAAGUGAACCAGGAUCUGAGGUCACCCUUUUUGAGAUUUCAGGUGUUUUGGAAAUAUUAUUGGGGGAUGUUUGCCAGCGGUUCUACUAUGACGUUUUUGACUUACAGGAUGUCUCGUCCCGAAGGAUUACUUUWAGGUCUGUAAGUAAGCGUCUGAAUGGAGACUGCCCAUAUCGAGCGAGGCGAUGCCUCUCUCCCUGGGCUUCACUUUUCAUCUGGGCUGUUCUACAGAACCGCAGUGAGAUGGCCACUUUCUUCUGGGAGAUGGCAGGAGAGUCAGUGCUGAGCGCUCUAAGUGGUUGUAAGAUCCUGCGAGAGCUGUCCAGACUGGAGGCUGAAACUGAAACUAAACUCUCCAUGAAGGAACUGGCCCAGAAGUUUGAAAAUCUGGCCCUGGAUAUCUUCAGCUCUUGCUAUCGCAGCGAUGAAAGUCGUUCCUUCAAGCUUUUGAUCAGGAAAUCUCCUGUUUGGGGCGGUACCACCUGCCUACAGAUGGGCAUGAGUGCUGAUGCCCGACAUUUCUUCAGCCAUGAUGGAGUACAGUCUCUGUUGUCCCAAAUCUGGUGGGGUGACAUGGAGAGGACCACAGAGGUGUGGAAACUUCUGCUCACCUUCUUCUGCCCUGUCCUUUGCUACACCAACUUCAUCUCCUUCAGGGAGCAAUACGAUCAGCAACAAGAGGAGGAGGAGAAGCCUAAUGAGGACAGACCAACUGACACUCAUUAUGGGACGACUGUCUUCUCUUUCUCUGACAUCAAGCACAUUGAAUCUGAUUCAGAUGAAGUUACCACUCCUCAGACUGCCACCAUCAGUGGUUUACCUGAACCCUAUAGACCACCACAACGUCCGUUCAUAAUAUCACACUGGAGACGGUUCUGGUUUGCACCUGUCACUGCCUUUUUGGGAAACAUCCUGAUGUACUUCCUGUUUCUCGUGCUUUUUGCAUACGUGCUGUUGAUGGACUUCAAGCCCCCACCACCUUCUGGUCCGGCCAGCUCUGAGUACGUGCUGUACUUCUGGGUGUUCACCAUUGUGUGUGAGGAGAUCAGGGAGACAUUCUUUAUAGGGACUAUGACCUGGCGUCAACGGUUUAGAGUCUAUAUUCAGGACGUGUGGAAUAAAUUUGACCUCAUUGCCAUAGCACUGUUCCUCAUAGGAUCAACCAGCAGGAUGUUUAGCUGGUCGUAUGAAUUUGGGCGGGAUGUCCUGUGUGUGGACUACAUGGUCUUCACUCUUCGCCUCCUUCACAUUGUUGCCAUUCACAAACAGCUGGGACCCAAGAUUAUCAUUGUUGGCAAGAUGGUGAAAGAUGUCUUCUUCUUCCUCUUCUUCCUGGGAGUGUGGCUCAUGGCGUACGGAAUAGCCAAUCAGGCUUUGCUUUACUCCUAUGAUCCUAACUUUGGUCGCAUUUUCCGAAGAGUUUUCUACAGACCUUACUUGCACAUCUAUGGACAGAUUCCUGUGGAGGAGGUCGAUGUUGGUAAGGUGUGGGAUGUAACCUGUACAGAUGACACAACAUUGAUUGAGGGUGGUGCAGAGCCAUGCAGAUCUACGCACAAUAACUGGCUGGUGGCCAUUCUGUUAGUUAUUUAUCUCCUGGUUACAAACAUUCUACUCAUAAACCUGCUUAUUGCAAUGUUUAGCUACACCUUCACUGAAGUGCAGGCCAACAGUGACAUCUACUGGAAGUUUCAGCGCUACAACCUAAUUGUCCAGUAUCACUCCAAGCCCUCACUGGCUCCUCCUUUCAUCAUCCUCUCUCACAUCAAUUUAUUUAUCAAGAGGGUCAUCCGUAAGGUUCCCUCUGUCAAGAUCCACCACUUUGUUUUGCAGUUAAAGGGAAAAGCAGCAAACAGAUUAAUGACGUGGGAAAGUAUCCAGAAAGAAGACUUCCUGACUGCUCAAAACAAAAUCCAGAAGAGUAGUGACUCGGAGAAACUGAAGCGGAUGUCUGACAAGCUGAAUGGUGUGAUGAAACAGUUGUCUGAAAUCAAAGAGUUUGAACACAGACUCAAAUCCCUGGAGAAUGAGAUGGAGUACAGCUCAGAUGCUCUCAGGUGGAUUGUGGAAACUUUGGCACAAAGCAGCACAUUGAAAAACCCUCGACCUCCACCUGUAUCAAGAGAUGCCGUCUCCACUUCCUCCAGUUCAUAUUGAUUAUGCCUUUGGGUUAUCACUGAGGCAGUAAGGAUCAGGAAAAAGACAAAUACUAGAGCUCAUAGUCAUGUUUAUCACUACAGUUUACAACCAAGACCAGAACUAAAUAAGUUCACCUUUUAAAAACUGACAGUAUUUUGUUAAGGAAAACUUUUUUAAAUACCAAGAGCAAUGGAUGAAUGUUAUUAACAAUUUACAUUCUGGUAAAACAGAUGUUUACACUUGGUUGCAUUAAAUGUACAUUUAUGUUGCUACUGCUCAGUAAAUUUUAUAAAGAGAAUG